UUACUACACUGCUGCUGCUGCUGCUCUUGCUUCGGUGAUUGUGAGUGAGAUAGGGGGGGAGGAUAUUCGUAUGGCUCUAGCCGUAGCGUCGACACCGAACAUAAAAGGAGGCUGAGCUCGCCGCCCACCGAGGGUUUCUAUCAUCAGUAUGCGACUGGAUAGGGGGCAGAAGGAGGCCAAGGCUGGGUGCGAGUCGCUGCUUGCACGCCCCGUACUUUGUUGUUGUCCUGGUGCUGGUGGGAGGCUGGAGAGAUUUCUUGUCUUAUCAGCCAUGUAAUCGGCGGCGCCAGGAACCAGAGACGGACCGCGGGGUCGUUACAGUUACUAAUUUGUGUGUUUAUCAACACAACGACUGUCGAUUUUAGGCGGAGGGGUAGACCCCUUCGUUCACUAUCUGUCUUCUCCCAAGCUCUGAUAUAUAUACACUCUUCCUCUCACCCCGAUAGCAAUGACCACCUCCGAAGCUACCGUCAAUGCUGAACCCGCGGAGUUCACUUAUGGAAAUAACGCUCUCACAUGGGCAAAGGCGCCAGGCACCGUCAGCAGCGUCGAGGAUAAGGGCACCAUCCUCGAAAGCGACGUCCUAGCCAUCAUCGCCACCUCAACUACCCCUCCAGCACACACCGUCUACACCAUCCCCGCCGUCUCCUCGCCAGAAAACACCGCCCUCCCCGUCCCAGACGUACAACUACACCAGACAACCCUCCUCGGCGCACCACCAUCCUUCAUCACCCCACACCUCCUCAGCUCGCCCACUCCCCACCUCUCCCUCCCAGCAGAAGACAUCCACGUCGUCAUCUCCUCCAAAUCCGGUACAGCAAAAGCAGCCGCAUUCUUCGAAUCCGUCCUCGCGCCUGCACUGAAAGUGCUGGGACUGGGCGAAAAUGAGUAUCAAGUCGUGCACACGACAUCGCACGAGACGAUCACGGAACUCGCGGAGGGGACACUGCGUGAGAAGGCGGCGAAGGGGGUGCGGCAGACUGUCAUCCUACUGAGUGGAGAUGGAGGAGUCGUGGAGUUGUUGAAUGGACUUGUUGGCGCCGAGGUUUCUAGCACCUACACCCGCCCAGCAAUAGCACUCUUCCCCUUCGGCACCGGCAACGCCCUGUUCCACUCAACCCACCGCCUCCCCACCCCACCCCUCUCCCCCCUCCACCACGCCCUCACUACCCUCCUUCUCCCCACCUCCCGGCCCCUCCCCCACUUCCGCGCCUCCUUCUCCUCUGCAUCCCUCCUCACGAACGAAGGACGCACCGCUACGCCCCUCCCUAAUAAUGAGUUACACGGCUGCAUCGUGGCGUCGUAUGGGUUUCAUUCUACGCUCGUGGCGGACUCGGAUACGGCUGAGUUGAGGGAGUUUGGGGAUAAGAGGUUUGGGAUUGUGGCGCAGGAGUUGCUGGGGGCGCCGCAUCGGUAUAAGGCGGGGUUGACGAUUACAUCAAGGGGGAAGGAGAGGGUGGUGGAGAGGGAGAGGCAUGCGUAUAUACUUUGUACCCUCGUUUCAAAUCUCGAGAAGACGUUUACCAUCUCCCCCGCCACAACCCCGCUGGAUGAGGUGAUGAGGGUAGUUCACUUUGACUCCGGCUCCGGCGAGGAGAUCAUGGGUGUCAUGGCAGGCGCAUACAGCGGCGGGAAGCAUGUGAAUAGAAACGAUGGACUCGUGGGGUAUGAAGAGGUUGAGGUGCUGAAAAUCGAUUUCAAGGAGGCGUCAGUGGAAGGGAAUGAGGGGAAGUGGUUGAGGGUUUGUGUUGAUGGGCUUAUUGUGCGGGUGGAUAGUGGGGGGUGGAUGAAGGUUGAGAAGGUUGGGAAGGGGGGAGAGGUUCUUGAUAUUGUGGUUUAGGAGAGUAGACGGGCGCAUUGGAUUUUUAUAGAUGGUACAGGAAAAGUAUUACAGAACUAAU